AUGCCCUCUCCCAAAAAGUCCGGCCAGCGGGGCGAGCCCGAAACGACCCGCGCUUGCCCGCCCGCCCGCCUGCCUGAGAAACCUCGGCACCACGGCCUGGACGUGCUUCUCCGUCCCCAAAGCGACCACCACGUCCGGGACACGGACCGACAAACACCCUUCCCGCUUCGGGGACCUCGGAAGACGGCGGCUUACCCCGAUUUCAAAACGAACGGCAACGGGCAAGGAAGCUGCGAAUUCCGGCUGCCGGUCGCACGCAGCGCUUGGGCGAAGGCAAAAGCGGAGCAAUUUAUCAAGACGUUGCCAGAAUACCACAUCGUUGAUCCAGCACGAGUAGAUGCAAGUGGGCAUUUUCUUUCUUUUGAUUUACACCAUCACAUCUCAAACGCAAGGAAGAAGAGAGAUCUCGGCAAAAAGGAAAAUUUGGUAUAUUACAAAAUUAACCACAAGGAGAAGGAUCUGUUUUUUAACUUGACUGUCCACUUGGGAUUUCUUUCCCAUAACUACGUAGUAGAAAGGAGACAUGGCAACCACACCAGUGCGAAGAUUGCAACUCGCUCGGGAGUUCCGUGCCACUUCAUUGGCACAGUGUUGCAGCCAGGUUCUGAGUGUGGGACAGCAGCGAUCAGCACUUGCUAUGGCCUGACUGGAUAUUUCCAUCUGCCCCAUGGGGAUUACUUCAUUGAGCCCAUUAAAAAGCAUCCACAGAAGGAGGGAACACCCCAUCCCCAUAUUAUCUAUGAGGCAAAUAUCCUUCAAAAUGCUUUAAGGAGAAGACGGGCGAUCCUGAUGGAGAAAGAACAAGCAUGUGGAUUGAAUGAUACCCUCAGCUUUUUCAAACAGCAGCAGAAUCGGAGGGAGAGGUGGGAACAAAGUCAUGUGGCUGUCAGAAAGCUCUCUCGGCGCUCUGUCAGCAAGGAGCGAUGGGUGGAGACGCUUGUGGUUGCAGACAGUAAGAUGGUUGAAUAUCAUGGAAGUGACCAUGUGGAAUCAUAUAUCCUUACUAUAAUGAAUAUGGUCACAGGGUUGUUCCAUGAUCCAAGCAUUGGCAAUGCAAUUCACAUUGUGCUGGUCCGGCUUAUCCUCUUUGAGGAGGAGGAGCAAGGCUUGAAGAUAGUUCACCAUGCUGAUAAGACACUAGCCAGCUUCUGCAAAUGGCAGAAGAGUGUCAAUCCCAAGAGUGACAUCAACCCUACACACCACGAUGUGGCCGUCCUUCUAACCAGAAAGGACAUUUGUGCUGGCAUGAAUCGUCCAUGUGAAACCUUAGGUUUGUCUCAUCUGUCAGGCAUGUGUCAACCUCACAGAAGCUGUAACAUCAAUGAAGAUUCUGGCCUUCCAUUGGCUUUCACUAUUGCUCAUGAACUUGGACACAGUUUUGGUAUCCAGCAUGAUGGAAAAGAGAAUGACUGUGAGCCCAUUGGAAAGCGCCCAUAUAUUAUGUCCCGACAGCUGCAGUAUGAUCCUACUCCGCUCACCUGGUCACAGUGCAGCAAGGAAUACAUCACACGUUUCCUAGACCGUGGGUGGGGAUUCUGUCUAGAUGAUAUCCCCCAAAAAAAAGUUUUAAAGUCCCCAAUCAUUGCUCCUGGAGUGAUUUAUGAUGUGCAUCACCAGUGCCAGCUUCAGUACGGUUCCAAUGCUACUUUCUGUGAAGAUGUGGAUAACCUUUGCCAAACACUCUGGUGCUCGGUGAAAGGCUCCUGCCGCUCCAAACUGGAUGCAGCUGCAGAUGGAACUCGAUGUGGAGAAAACAAGUGGUGCUUCUCUGGUGAGUGCAUUACAGUAGGCAAGACUCCCGAAGCAAUCCAUGGCGGAUGGGGCCUUUGGUCAUCCUGGUCCCAUUGCACAAGGACAUGUGGGGCAGGAGUUCAGAGCGCAGAGAGACCAUGCGAUAACCCAGAACCACAAUUUGGAGGAGACUACUGCACUGGAGAAAGGAAACGCUAUCGGAUGUGUAACAUUAGCCCCUGCCACAAAGGCUUGCCAACCUUUCGUCAGAUGCAGUGCAGUGAAUUUGAUACAGUUCCCUACCAGAACGAAUUUUACCACUGGGUUCCUGUUUAUAACACAGCAAACCCCUGUGAGCUCCACUGUCGCCCAAUAGAUGGCCAUUUUUCAGAGAAGAUGCUUGAUGCAGUCACUGAUGGUACUCCUUGCUUUGAAGGAAGGCACAGCCGAGAUAUCUGUAUUAAUGGCAUGUGUAAGACUGUUGGCUGUGAUUAUGAGAUAAAUUCCAACGCAACUGAAGACCAGUGUGGAGUUUGCCUGGGAGAUGGCUCUGCUUGUCGUACAGUGAAGAUGAUGUUUAAUCAAAGUGAAGGAUUUGGAUAUGUUGAUAUUGGGCUAAUUCCGAAAGGUGCAAGGGGAAUCAAAGUCAUGGAAGUUGCAGAAGCAGGAAAUUUCCUUGCUGUGCGAAGCAAAGACCCAGAAAAAUAUUACCUGAAUGGAGGCUUUAUCAUCCAGUGGAAUGGUGAAUACAAAGUGGCAGGCACGGUAUUUCAGUAUGACAGAACAGGGGAUCUAGAAAAUCUGACUGCUCCAGGACCCACCAAUGAAUCAAUAUGGAUUCAGCUACUUUUUCAAGAAACUAACCCUGGAAUCCAUUAUGAAUAUACUGUACGUAAAGAAGAAAGUAAUGAGAAUGAGAUUGGAGAGCCAGAGUAUUUCUGGCAGUAUGGAGACUGGACAGCCUGCAGUGUUACCUGUGGAAGAGGGGUGCGGCGCCAGAUUGCCCACUGCAUGUGGAAGGGAAGUGGAGUAAUCAAAAACUCCUUCUGCGACCCAGCAACACAGCCAAAUGCGCGACAAAAGAAAUGCUAUGAAAAGGACUGUCCGCCCAGAUGGUGGGCAGGAGAAUGGCAGAAAUGUUCAACCACGUGUGGCCCAACAGGCCAGAAGAAGCGAACCGUACUUUGCAUCCAGACAGUGGGAUCUGAUGAGCAGGCACUGGCUGCCACAGAGUGCCAGCACCUGCUUAAACCAAAGACCCAUCUGUCAUGCAACAGAGAUGUCUUGUGCCCGUCUGACUGGACAGUGAGCAACUGGACCGAGUGCACUGUUACUUGUGGUGGUGGAAUAAGGACUCGUAAUGUCACUUGUGCCAAAAAUAAUGAUGAGCCAUGUGAUACUUCCAAGAGACCAAACUCUAAGGCCCUGUGUAGUCUCCAGCAAUGUCCUUCUGCUGGAAGAUUUCUGAUACCCCCACUGGCACCCAGAAGAGGAAAGAUCAUAAUUAGAAAAACAACUACUAAUCCCAAAUGGAGUCCUCCUCGCAGAAUACCGACACCAACCCCGAGGUCCCAUACAACAGCAAAAGUACCCAAGCCUGAAAGUGUAACUCCCCAUUUACCUACGUCCUCUGGUUUGGGUAAUGUCUCAGAAAAAGAAGGAACAGCGAACAGAACAUUACAAAAUAAUUUUGCUGGACCAAGUGAUGUUUACAGUUACCCUGCUGGUUCUACUGAAAGUACUUCACACCAAAAUACUACUUCAUGGCCUUUUCAUAAUAGCUUAAGUACUGAAAUCAUAAGGCAUGCUGAAAGUAUUUCUGAAAGUGAGCCAGUUUCUACUUUAGAGAGUGAGGUGCAAAGUGAGGGCACUUCGGUCUCCCCUUUUACCAGUAAUCCAGAAAUAACUUCCAGCUAUGAUUACUUAACUGAAGAUUCUGAUGACAUUGAUGGGUCACUUGGAGGCAGUGAGAAACCGCUUGAUCUCCUUUACAGCACAGAACUCAAUCCUGAAAUCAGAACCAGGAGCACAACCCUAGAUACUGGCUCUCCUGUCCUUCAAAAUGAGAGCAUGACUUCUCAGCCCUCCCCAGCAUCUCAUCACCAAGACACUUCUAUGCUCCUUCCUGUUAGCACAGCAGCACAAGGGUUGGCAUUUCCCACAACAGCAAACUAUAUCAGUCUGCAAGUUGAUGUGCCUGUUGUAGAAGUAACUACCCCACAAGCAUCGGUUACAGUAAUGCCCACAGUGUUUGGUCACAUACCAAGAGACCAGAUUGACAACAGAAGAGAAAUUAAGCUACCUGACACUGUAACCACCAGCACACUAUUGUCAGCUCUUGAGCAUGCUCUCAGGAACCAAAGUGCAACAUCUGAGGGUGUUUUAACAAAUGUCACAGAAAACAGCCAGCUAAUAACAUCCAACAAUUUGCCUGGUGAUGCCUACUGGAUAGUAGGCAACUGGAGUGAGUGCUCUACCACCUGUGGAAUGGGGGCUUUCUGGAGGCACGUGGAGUGCAGCAGCAGGAACAUAUCUCACUGUCAGCACACAAAAAAGCCUGAUCCUGCAAGAAAAUGUUAUCUCCGCCCAUGCGCUACCUGGAAAACAGGAAAUUGGAGCAAGUGCUCUGCUAACUGCAACGGUGGUUUCAAGACCCGAGAUGUUCACUGCAUUGAUGUUCGUGAAAAGCGACUUCUCAGGCCUUUUCAUUGUCAAUUACUCGGCUAUAGACCACAACUCAACACCACUUGUAACAUGGAGCCUUGCUUGCAGUGGCAUGUGAAGCCCUGGAAUGAGUGUUCGAGAACAUGUGGUGGUGGCCAGCAAAAGCGACAUAUCUACUGCCCAGAAGGUGGCUACUGUGACUGGACAAAAAGACCUAAUGCUAUUGCAUCAUGUAACAGGCAACCUUGUACGCAGUGGAUUAACCAGGCAUGGGGCCCAUGCACCGUUUCAUGUGGAGGGGGCAUUCAGCAAAGAACUGUGAAGUGCAUGAAUAUAGAAACUAAUGAAACUGAAAAUGGCAGCAUGUGUGUGGAUAAACUCAAGCCUACAGAGUAUCAGAAAUGCAAUCUGCAAGAGUGCAAGAAAAGUACAGGGCUACCCUGCAGCAAAGACCAACUGUCAGUUCACUUCUGCCAGAGGCUGAAAGGCAUUGGCAAGUGCUUGCUGCUGUCAAUACGGACUCAGUGCUGCUUCACGUGUAGUCAGCCCCGAAUUCGUAACAAAGCAAGAUACUGGGAUCAGCGAGGCCUCAAGCAACAAAAUUACACGAAAUCUAGAAGAAAAUCACCUGAAAACCAAGAAAACAACAAUGAAGCUGCUCGGCACUAG